GCGGUCUCCUGCUCUAAUUAGUAGAUCUCCGUUCUGGAAUUGGACUUGACAGCUCUCCUCACCAAUACUUGCACUGCAGUGGCUACAGGGUUCUCUUGGGAGGUGGGGAUGGGAGUGCUCUGAAGACCAGACCACAACACUCAGAACCUCAACAAUGGACCGAGAUUUUGAAAUUCCUGAGGAGCCAAACGUGGAGCCGAUAUCCUCUCUGGAGGAAGAUGUCAUCCGUGGGACCAACCCCCGAUUUACCUUUCCAUUUGGCAUCCUCUUCUCCACGUUUUUGUACUGUGGGGAGGCAGCAGCUGCCUUGUACAUGGUUACAAUCUAUCGGAAGAAUAGUGAAACCUACUGGAUGACAUACACCUUUUCCUUCUUUAUGUUUUCAUCCAUUAUGGUCCAGUUGACCCUCAUUUUUGUCCACAGAGAUCUGGCCAAAGACAAGCCACUAUCACUGUUUAUGCAUCUAAUCCUCUUGGGACCUGUUAUCAGAUGUUUGGAAGCCAUGAUUAAGUACCUCACACUGUGGAAGAAAGGAGGGCAGGAGGAGCCCUAUGUCAACCUCACCCGAAAGAAGAUGCUAAUAAAUGGCGAGGAGGUGCUGAUAGAAUGGGAGGUGGGCCACUCCAUCCGGACCCUGGCUAUGCACCGCAGUGCCUACAAACGUAUGUCACAGAUCCAAGCCUUCCUGGGCUCAGUGCCCCAGCUGACCUGUCAGCUCUAUGUGACCCUGAUCUCUGCAGAGGUCCCCCUGGAUAGAGCUGUGCUAAUAGUCUUUUCCCUGAUAUCUGUCACCUAUGGGGCUACCCUCUGCAAUAUGUUGGCUAUCCAGAUCAAGUACGAUGAAUACAAGAUUCGCCUUGGGCCACUAGAAGUCCUGUGCAUCACCAUUUGGCGGACAUUGGAGAUCACCUCCCGCCUCAUGAUUCUCGUGCUCUUUUCAGCCACCUUGAAAUUGAAGGCUGUGCCCUUCUUAUUGCUGAACUUCCUGAUCAUCCUCUUUGAGCCUUGGGUUAAGUUCUGGAGGAGUGGUGCCCAUAUGCCCAGUAACAUAGAGAAAAAUUUCAGCCGGCUUGGCACCUUAGUGGUGUUGAUUUCCGUUACCGUCCUCUAUGCUGGCAUCAACUUCUCUUGCUGGUCAGCUUUGCAGUUGAAGUUAGCAGACAGCGACCUUGUUGAGAAAGGUCAGAACUGGGGACACAUGGGCCUGCACUAUAGUGUGAGAUUGUUAGAGAAUGUGAUCAUGGUCUUGGUUUUUAAGUUCCUUGGAGUGAAAGUGUUGCUGAAUUACUGUCAUUCCUUGAUUGCCUUGCAGCUCAUUAUUGCUUAUCUGAUUUCCAUUGGCUUCAUGCUCCUUUUCUUCCAGUACUUGCACCCGUUGCGCUCACUCUUCACCCACAAUGUAGUGGACUAUCUCCACUGUGUCUGCUGCUACCAGCACCCUCGGGGCAGGGUUGAGGACUCAGAGCCAUCCGUUGAUGCUGAAGCAGGGCAAAGCAUUGUCUGAUUCUGUCUUUCGGGUAUUUUGGGAUGGGUUGGGGUUGCCAAGAGCAACCGUGAAAUUGAAGGAGACGAUGAGGCUCAUGGGUGAGUACCCACCAGGACAUUGUUUUGAGUUUUCUGUAAGCCUAUCAGAAGAAAGAGCAGCCCCCAAAUAGAUUUUAUUUCCUUAAGAGUGACUGCUAUGUUUGGACACCAAGGUAACCACUGUGUACCUGGGAGGGUCAGAGAUAUCAUUCACAUUCCUCCCACCCAGGUCAGCUGUCUGGCUGCCCUAUGAGAUAACUUACCUCC